AUGUGGCCAGAGGUGCGGGGGCACUGUAAUUUUCUUCUUUUUUUUUUUCUUCUCGGACAUCAGGGAACUCUACAGAAAUUCCUGGACGAUCUGUUCCGGGCCAUCCUCACCAUCCGGGAGGACCGGCCGCCUCUCGCCAUCAAAUACUUCUUCGACUUCCUGGAGGAGCAGGCGGAAAAACGCGGCAUCUCUGACCCGGACACCCUGCACAUCUGGAAGACCAAUAGCCUUCCUCUGCGUUUCUGGGUGAAUAUCCUGAAGAACCCCGAGUUUGUCUUUGAUAUGGAGAAAUCGGACCACAUGGACGCCUGUCUGUCUGUCAUCGCUCAGGCCUUCAUAGACGCCUGCUCCAUCUCCGACAUGCAGCUUGGAAAGGACUCCCCCACCAACAAGCUGCUGUACGCCAAGGAGAUUCCGGAGUAUCGGAAAAUCGUGCAGAAAUAUUACCAGCAGAUCAAGGAGAUGAGCCCGCUGAGCGAGCAGGAAUGAACGCCCACCUCGCGGAGGAGUCGCGG